UUUGUCUUCUUCUCUCUGCUCUCGUUGCAGAAGCAGAACCCAAUUCAAACCAUGAUGGCUACAACAGUGCAGCAGCAGAGGAGCUUCAUUUCACACAUAAACCCCAACCUUAAACUAUCUUCUUAUUCAUUCAGAAUUCAAUCCCAAGCUCAUAACAUUCCAAGAAGAAGAAGUAUUUCAAUUCCUCCUUCUCCUCUUCCAAAAGGGCUUGGACGAAUUGGAGCAGGAACUCCUUUUUUGUAUUCAGAUCAUCAUCAUCAACACAGAGGGUCUAAGAACAACAACAUUUUUGCCUCAUUCUCAGCUUCCAAUCAAGAAGAAAAGAAGCAGAACCCAAUUCAAACCAUGAUGGCUACAACAGUGCAGCAGCAGAGGAGCUUCAUUUCACACAUAAACCCCAACCUUAAACUAUCUUCUUAUUCAUUCAGAAUUCAAUCCCAAGCUCAUAACAUUCCAAGAAGAAGAAGUAUUUCAAUUCCUCCUUCUCCUCUUCCAAAAGGGCUUGGACGAAUUGGAGCAGGAACUCCUUUUUUGUAUUCAGAUCAUCAUCAUCAACACAGAGGGUCUAAGAACAACAACAUUUUUGCCUCAUUCUCAGCUUCCAAUCAAGAAGAAAAGAAGCAGAACCCAAUUCAAACCAUGUGGCUACAACAGUGCAGCAGCAGAGGAAAUUCAUCCCAAGCUCAUAACAUUCCAAGAAGAAGAAGUAUUUCAAUUCCUCCUUCUCCUCUUCCAAAAGGGCUUGGACGAAUUGGAGCAGGAACUCCUUUUUUGUAUUCAGAUCAUCAUCAUCAACACAGAGGGUCUAAGAACAACAACAUUUUUGCCUCAUUCUCAGCUUCCAAUCAAGAAGAAAAGAAGCCUGAUGAGAUCGAUGCCGAAAAGGAGAAAAAUGAGGUUAAAGCUGGAGCUGAAGGAUCCGCAGAAGCUUCGGAACAUAAGCAUGAGGAAAAGGAGAAGAGUGGGGUUGAAGCUGGAGCUGAGGAAUCCGAAGAAGCUUGGAAACAUAUGCUGGAAUCAUUUAAAGAACAAGCAUUGAAAAUGCAGGACAUUUCACAAGAAGCGUAUGAGUUGUAUUCUAAAAGGGCUGCGGUUAUCUUGAAGGAGACUUCGGAGAAAUUGAAAAUCCAGGCAGAAAAAUCGAGCCUUGAUUUGAGUAGAUUGGCUAAAGAUAUUAGUGUAGAAGGUAAGGAGUAUCUCUCAACGGUUGCAGAGAAAUCUCCCGAGCAGGUGAAGGAUAUUGUGGAAACUUUUGCAACCUCAUCAGAAGAUGAUUGGAAAAAUGUUGAGAAAGUUCCUCAUUUUUUCCUUGGCAUUCCUUAUGGUGCAUUUCUCUGUCUUGGAGGAUUUCUUUCCUUCAUGCUAACCGGAAGCGUUUCAGGUAUUAGAUUUGGGACAAUUCUGGGUGGUGCUCUAUUGGCUUUAAGCAUAUCAAGCUUGAGAUCAUGGAAAAAAGGACAGACAUCUGCUUUGGCUUUGAAAGGGGAAGCAGUGAUUGCAGCUAUACUCUUUCUAAGGCCUCUGUGCAUGUUCUUUCAGGGACCCUCAUUUUCAAGUUUUAUUACGGCUAUCAUCAGUGGUUACAUGGUAGCUUUCUUCAUCUAUAAAAUCGUAUUGGAUGGUAAACAAAAGAAAGGUCCAGCCUGAAACAUGGACAUGACAGUUAUGUAUACUCUACUCAUGCACCAAGGCAGGUAGAAGCGAUGGUGUAUGGAGAUUUAAACAGCUUCGGGGCAACACCAGGAAGUUAUAAACUGACCAGAAAAUAUGAACAACGAUGGUCAGCGUUAGAGGUUUCUUUACUGUGUUUAUAUGUGCUAUUUUUUCUGGUUAUUUCUGUGAUUUACUGUACUUGUAUUGUCAGAAAACAAAAUUGUCUACAAAAGAAUGAAAUGGAAAAUAAAUUAUCGAAA